AUGAAGUUCCCUUAUCUGAUGAUAACUCUAAUCUUCACCUUGGCCGCAGUCCUCAUUACUCGGCCCGCAGCCUCUUGCCCUUCGGGAGGAGGCGGCCAGCCCCCUGCCCCGUCCUCUUUCGACCUGAACGGAUUCCAGAAGUGCCUCCUCAGCCAUUCCGGCGGGCAUAAACCCGGCUUCACCCUCCCUUCCGACCCGUCUUUCAUUUCCCUCCUCGACUCCACCAUCGAGAACACCAAGGGCCUUCUCCCCAACGUCCCCAAGCCCGCCGCCAUCAUCACCCCUUACACCGAGACCGACGCCGCAAAGGCCGUCCACUGCGCCUCUACACACGGAGUCUCCCUCCGCGUCCGCAGCGGUGGCCACGACUACGAGGACCUCUCCUACACCUCCUUCAUGGGCCUCCCCUUCGCCGUCCUCGACCUCCAGAAUCUACGUAAUGUCACCGUCGACGUGGCCUCGCAGACCGCGUGGGUCCAGGCGGGGGCCACCGUCGGCGAGCUCUACUACCACGCGGCCACCGAAAGCGGCGGGACCCUCGGCUUCCCCGCCGGCAUCUGCACCACCAUCGGAGUCGCCGGAAACUUCCUCGGCGGCGGCUACGGGAUGAUGAUGCGUGCGUACGGCCUCGCGGCCAACAACGUGCUCGACGCCCGGCUUGUCACGGCCGACGGCAAUCUCCUCUCCCGCAAGUCGAUGGGCGAGGACGUCUUCUGGGCCCUCCGCGGCGGGGGCGGGGGAAGCUUCGGGGUCGUGCUCGCUUGGAAGGUACAACUCGUCGAAGUGCCCCCGAAGGUCACCGUGUUCAGCGCCAUCAAGAUUCUCGACAAUUCAGGGGGAAGCAAAGGGUUCGACGUCGGCGCGCUGUACAAGUGGCAGAAAGUCGCCCCGGUUGUCAACGACACGAAACUCUUCAUGAGGGUCAUAAUGCAGCCGGCCGGGCCGACUUCGGUGGUGACGAUCUACAGCGCCAUGUACCUCGGGAAUAAGGCCGACGCGGCCCGGCUGAUGAGGAAUAAAUUCCGCGAGCUGGGGUUGAGGGACGCGGACUACACGGAGAUGAGCUGGAUCGAGUCCGUGUUGGCGAUCGGUGGAUUCAACGUGAGCACGACGAAGCCCGAUUACCUGCUCAAGAGGAUUGGCGCGUGGCAGCUCAGUUUCAAGGCAAAGUCGGAUAUGGUGCUGGCCCCCAUCCCGAAACCAGGGCUGAGGAAGCUGUGCCAAGCCGUGACGCAGCAAAGCAUGUCGAUGGUGAUUCUGACGCCUUACGGGGGAAAAAUGAAGGAGAUUGCCGAUGACGCGACUCCUUUUCCGCACUGCGACGCGCUGUUCAUGGCGCAGUACGUGGGGCAGUGGGCAACGGAAGGCCAGACCCUCCAGAUGGAGGCCCAGAACAAAAAAUGGGUGAGCGGGGUUUAUGACAUGAUGGCCCCUUACGUGUCGAGUAAUCCGAGAAGGGCGUACGUGAACUACAGGGAUCUCGAUCUGGGGAAGGAUGACAACAGCUGCCCCAACUGCAGCUGCCCCAACAUUUGGGGAUACAAGUACUUCAACAACAACUUCAUGAGGCUCGUGGACGUGAAAACGAAGGUCGAUCCCAAGAAUUUCUUCUUUCAUGAACAGAGCAUCCCCACUCAUUCGACGCUCAACAACUGCAUUAACUUGGUGUCGUAA